GCGGGCGGGCCCGUCCCCCCUGCCCCUGGGUCGCUCUUUUUAAGCUCCCCUGAGCCGGGGCUGCGCUCUUCUAAUUGGGACUCGGAGUCGGGGCUAUUUCUGGUGUUGGCGCGGCUCCAAGAAGGCAUCCGCAUUUGCGACCGGCGGCGGCAGAGGCAGAGCCCAGGCCGGUGCCCUGCGCCCAGCCCCGCCGUACCCGGCAGCCCCAAGCGCGCCCCGCCGGCGGCCUGCAGAGCUCGCGCCAGACUCACUCUGUGCUGCCCGGUACGUAGAGAAAAAUGAGCGAGUCCGGCUCAAAGUCCAGCCAGCCUCUGGCCUCCAAGCAGGAAAAGGAUGGGACUGAGAAGCGGGGCCGGGGUAGGCCUCGCAAGCAGCCUCCGGUGAGUCCUGGGACGGCGCUGGUAGGGAGUCAGAAGGAGCCCAGUGAAGUGCCAACUCCGAAGAGACCUCGGGGCCGACCAAAGGGAAGCAAGAAUAAGGGUGCGGCCAAGACGCGGAAAGCCACCACAACUCCGGGGAGGAAAUCAAGGGGCAGACCCAAGAAACUGAAGGAGGAAGAGGAGGGCAUCUCCCAGGAGUCCUCGGAGGAGGAGCAGUGACCAACCGCAGUGCCGCCUGCUCCUUAGCCACCGACAGGAGGAGCAGCUUUCCCCUGGGACAGGAAGCCCUGCUCCCAGGCCCCUCCCCGCCCCCACUGCACACUACCGCGCCAGGCACCAGCUGCAGGCUCUGCUCUGCAGCACCCACGGGAGCAGGAUUUGGUUCAGUCCCUGUGCCCUCGUCCCCAACACACCUGCCCCCUCCUGACAAGGCUAACUUCCCAUUUAGCUGCGGCCCGGCCUGCUGCCUACCUUCCUUAGAGCCCUGGCUCUCGGGGCGCUUUGUUUUGCGGGUCCGUCCCUUCUGCCCUGCUGUUCCUGGCUUCCCCGUAGAGGGUCCUGGGAGCAUUCCCUGGCCUUAAGGGGCCCCAGCCCCAUCUCAUUUUGACAAGCCCCAUUGGCUGACCUGGCAGCAGUGUGGUCAGUACAGGGGAUGCUUAGAUCCCAGCAUGUCCCCCACUGAAGUGUCACCGGGUGGGUUUCUCAAGCCCCCUCCUGCCCCACCCUACGGAGAUCCUGCACUGGGUUGGCUGAGCCCCUUGGUUGGACAACAGGAAGUAGGAUGGUGUUGGCUCCACCCACGGAGGUCCUAAUCUUCCACCUAAGGCAGACGGGCACCAACAUGCCUCCCACUACACUCUAGGCAGUUCCUUCCUCCAGCAGGGCACUAAGGAGCUAGCCUUGCCGCCCCCUCCUUUCGCUCCUCCCUGCCCCCCAAGGUUCUGGUUCCAUCUUUCCUCUGUUCACAAACUACCUCUGGACGGUUGUGUUGUUUUUUUUUGUUCAAUGUUCAUUCUUAGACACCUACCAUUGCUGCUGCUACCAGCGUCAGAUGUUCAUCCUCCCAAUUUUGCCUGUAUUCUCUCCCCACCCCCCACAGUACACUCUAGGGGAAGGGGGGCUGGGGCGCAGCAGGCUGGUUACCAACAACCCCGCACUAGGGAAAAUGGGGCCCGCCCCAUUGAUGCUGCAGCAGAGUGAAGAGGGGGGCCCACUUUGAUGGGAAAAGGAUGUAGGACCACCUCCCCUUGUUCUGUGGGGGGAGGGGUGGCCAGUAUUUGUCCCAGCCCGGGGCUUCCCCUCUGGUUUCCUAUUUGCAGUUACUUGAAUAAAAAAAAAAAUAGUCUUUUCUGGGCA